UGUUUUGUCUGUUUAGCAAAAGAUAAUGCCAUUUGAUCUUCUUGGUUUGUAUCGAGUUGGGACUCUCGGCUAUGAUCACUUCUCGUUCACCACGUCUUUUUUGUCGUUAGAUAACUCUGAAUUUUGAUGGCCCCACCUUUAAUCCUACAAUCUUCGAUUUCUUUUUCUCUGUUUGUUUGGGAGAUCGAUCCAGUUCAUCAAUGGCAGCCAACGACAAAGAUUCAAAUUCAACUUGGUUCAACUGGAAUUAGCCUGCUCUAAUUUGAGAACGCUGAUGGAAAUGUGGAAACUGUUGAAGAAGCCCUUGGAAAGAUGUACAAAAAUUUUGAUUUGAUAGAUAAAAAUCUCUCUACAACAGCAAUAAGAGUAAUACCUUUACAGUCCAUGGCUAUGGCGGUGAAAGCUCUGGAGACCAGGAUCAACAGAACCGUCACACGGUUGAAAGAGACUCUUAUCACACUCAAAGCUCUGUAUGAAACAGGGGUUGAUGCGAUGAGGUUCGACGGAUUGCUCGACGAGGCUCUGCUUAAUCUGCAGGAUGAAUUUGAGAGUAUAUUGCAGCAGAUAAAGCAUCAGAAUAUAGGAGAGGCUACUAAGGAAGAACCAGAAAUAGUGGUUCACGAUCACGGUACAGAAAUAGAAGUCAAGGAGCCUCAGAAGCUGUUCAAGCUAUUAGACUUGUUCGAUUCCUUGGAAAAGCUGAAACCUGAAUUCUCUAAGGUUUUUGAAGGCGAAGCAGGGGAAGACAUCAGUCCCCGAUUCAGGGAACCAGAGAAGCUUCUCGUCCACGCUUCCAGCAAGGUGUUUUGGGAAUAUGAAUUCCAAAUCGAAGGCAAUUCCGAUCGUUUCCCUCCGCCACAAGACGGUCCAGUCCCGAAGCUUGUAAGAUACGCCAUUAAUUACCUCAAGUACCUCACAAUGGAUACCUACAGCGAUCCGAUGGCGAAAGUCUUCCGAACAGAACAAAUCUGGAAGGCCGGAAAGCUAUCGAAACCGGAAACCUAUGAGAAUUUACUCAAGGACGCCAUGACUAAUAUCGUGGAAGUUCUCCAGAGGAACGUCGAAUCUAAGAGAUCACGCAACAAAAAUAAAGUUCUCUCUCACGUUUUUGCUAUGAACACAUACUGGUACAUUUACAUGAGAAGCAGAAAUUCAGAACUCGGGAAGCUUCUAGGAGAUCAAUACAUAAAGAAGAAAUGCAAGAACGUAGCAGAGGAAUCGGCUUUCAUGUACCAAAUGCAAGCCUGGGGGCCUCUGGUGAGGUUGAUAGAGGAAGAAGAUGAAGAACUGGAGAGGCAGAACAAGGUGGCUACGGUUGCGACCAGGAAGCAAAUCAGAGAAGCGACGACUAAGAUGGUUGUUGCCGUUUACAGCGAGUUUUUGAGCACGAACUCGAAAGCGCUGUCAGCAAAAUCGUAUUUGAGUCCUGAAUCGCUACAAGGGUUGCUCGGUCGGAUCUUGGACGGCAGCCGUCGAACGGCUGAUGGGGGGUUGAAUCGCGUGAUUCAAAGGAUCGGAACUCGAUCUCAAUGCGUCUAGACGGCGAACGCUCAAAGGAUUUCCGACGAUCAAGAUUAAAUACAAGUGAUGUGUGAAUUUUUUUCUAUCAAUUUGUAAUUUUUUAAAGUCUUUUUAAUCUCUUCUUCGCAAUAAAAAUUGAAAUCUGAA